UCUGUCCUGAAACUUGCUCUGUAGAUCAGGCUGGCCUUGAACUCACAGAGAUCUGCCUGCCUCUGCCUCCUGAGUGCUGGGAUUAUAGGGGUGCACCACCACCACCCCGCUAAGUGUUCCCCUUAAGUAAACUUUCAGCUCAGCAUGUUUUAGUCUCCCGGAAUGACUCUUGUGAGAAUAGCAGACGAUCAGGGAGGCUCUCUCCCCUGCAAGAAUUUUGCUUACAGUGUUGGAAAACUCGUGGACUCCCUGAAUUCCUUAGUCCAAGACAGACUGAAUUAUCUUUCUGGAAUCUGCAGGCCUUGGGAAGACAGUGUCCAACGUGUGGAGGGCCAGGCCACGCCCACUUCAGUGGGCCAUUCCAGGACAUUUUUCUUGGGAAGCCCUCUCUCCCCCUCUCUGCCUUGGUGGUUUCUUUCUGGGCAAUUCUUUCUCCCAGGUUGGAAGUCAGUGCUAAGUUAUCAUAGCCAGGUUUCAUAUCCAAGGCAAUGAUUCCUUGCCCCAAACUCGUUUCUUCUGUUUCUUGGAAAUUACUGCUGAGUCCUCCUCAGUCCCUAAACCUGGCUCAGUUUGUGCUGUAAGCUGGGCAGAGCCUCAGGACGAAGGGGACAGCAGCAGAUAUACAGACAGCGGCCUCUGAGAUGAGAUGACUGGUAAAUCCCUGCCUCUCUUCAGCUGAAGGACCUGUGAAGGCGAACACGAGAGGACGGGAAUUCUGCCAGAGCCCUCCCGAGGACCUGAUGCAGCUUAGGACAGACAGUAAAUGCCCAGCCAACCUCCGAAGGAUGAAAAGAAGAUCCAACAGACAACAAAUAUCCACGGACAAACCCAGAGAAAGCUAGCCCUGGCUGGAGCCGACGUUGGGAGCUGGAGAACAGAGAAAAGGAAGCACCAUCAGAACAAGGUGGGGGAUGAGGAGAGAAGCAACCAUUGAGUACCUACUGUGUGCCACCACUGCCCCGCACAGGCAUUCACUGCUGUGCUUUAUCCUACCUCUGUCCUGGCAGGGAGAGCUUUUUACCACAUUCAGCAUCAUCUAGGAUAUGGAGAGAGGUUAGGCAACUCUCCCAGGGCACCUAUCUGGCCUAGGUCAAGCUGAAGCGUCACCCGGGUCGUCACCCGGGAUCAUCACCUGGGUCCUUCCGACCCUGGAACCUGUACUUUGCUCACAGCAUGUGGGUUGUGGCAGAGCUUUGAAGGAUGAGAGCAGUUUUCAGAGAGAAGAUUUAGAGCCCAGACGGGUAGAAAGGACUGAGGGUUCCCAGGAAGGAUGGGGCUGGCUCUCUUGUUCCAAGAGCUUCCAUAAACUGUCUGGCCAGGAAGUCAGAGAAACUCCACCAUGGUCAGACAGCUGUGCAGGAAGACAAUGGAGGCCCAGAGCAGCAUUAGGGUCUCUUCAGCAAGGCCCUGCAGCACAAUCUACACAGAGGCAGGCUUUCCAAAGGGAUGGGAUUUUAUUUUCGUUCUUUCUUUCUUUUUCUUUUUUAAAAAUGUUUAUUCUUUAAUCCUUUUUUACAGUCCAGACUUCAUCCCCCUCCCCGUUUGCCUCCCUGACUACCCCCCAUCCCAUGCCUUCUCCUCCACCCCACUCCCCCACCUCAUCUCUAAGAGGAUAUCCCCACUCACCCCCACGCCCACCCCACCAGGCCUCUCCACUUCCUGGGGUCUCAAGCCUUUCCAGGGUUAGGGUCAUCUUCUCUCACUGAGGCCAGACAGGCAGUCCUCUGCUGUACAUGUGUCAGGGCCUCGUAUCAGCUGGUGUACGCAUGCUGCUUGGUUGGUGGCUGCAUGUCUGAGAGAUCUCGGGGUCCAGGUCAGUUGAGACUGCUGGUUCUCCCAUUGAGGUCGCCCUCCUCCUCAGCUUCUUCCAGCUUUUCCCUAAUUGAACCACAGGAGUCCCUGGCUUCUGUCCAUUGGUUGGGUGCUAGUAUCUGCAUGUGACUCUUUCAGCUGCUUGUUGGGUCUCUCAGAGGACAGCCAUGCCAGGCUCCUGACAGUCACCUGUGUGCAGCAGACGUCCUCCAGGCCUUGAAACUGUGGUGUCUUCAGAGGAGCAGACAAGUUGGUGUCGUGUCUUGGUAGAAGGCGGCAGCCGGCCAGAAGGCGUAUAUAUUUACUUUUAAAGCUCUCUUUUAGGUGCGUGUGGCUGGGAAUGUUUGGAGGUCAAAGAGAUGUUUCUCACCGGCUAUCAUGUGGGCCUCAGGUUUGGUGGCAAGUGUCCUCACUUGUUGAGCCGUUUCCGUUGCCCUGGUGACGUGUAAGCCGGGGAAGAAGGAAUGUGGCAAUCUCCGUGUAAGGUUUUAAGACCUCAAGGCUUAGAAGACCUGAGACUGGUGGUUAAUCAGCUCUCCUGGAUACCAAGUUCAUCAAAACACCAUCACAGAAAAUCCAACAUGGGGGUGGCCAGCCAGAGGCAAGUUCUGGGUCGUGGACAUAAAAGAUUUUCUGGCUUCCUUCAGCCCCCCAAGUCCAGGACAUUGGGUUGACAACUCUUCAUAACUUCUUCAGGCUGAAUAUGGGGGUUGAGAUAUCUUGAAGCGGGUGGGGGUAGGGAAAAUGGGGGAGUUGUUUGGUCUUAAGAAGGCCACCCAACGGUUGUUGUAGUCUCUGAUGUCUGUCCUGACUGGAUCCGGCCAAAAGUCCCUGAGAUCGGGAGUUCAAGCAGGCCAGUUCAGCAUGUCUGACAAUGAGACCCAUCAAAGCUGUCCAUUCUGUGAUGUAUAAAUCUGUGGACAUUUAAAGCCACACAGAUCUGGGUCGUCCUCUGCCUCCUUCUUGGUUCUUCUCUGGGAUGGGAUUUUCUAAUGUUAAUAUAUUUAUUUCUUCAAAGCAGCUGUGUCAUGGGUCCCACCGUGACCCAAAAAUACAGGUAGGGAGUGGAAACCAGAAACGUUAGAUGAUCUGCUCAAAGGCACAUGGCUGGCGGGCAAUCAGCCUGGUUUUGGACCCAGAAGUCUACUCCUGAGUUUACGCUCAUAUCCACGGCACCAUGGAGGGUGAGUGUGAUGAUGAAAGUCCCCUGCCCUGCAGAGGUGAGGAGUCAGCCUGCCAGGCUGGUGACAGGGAUUGGGGAUUGGGAGGUGAAGGAGUCAGCCUGCCAGGCUGGUGACAGGGAUUGGGGAGGGGUCAGGUGGAAGAGAAGACUCUAUUCCCAUCCUCACCCUUCCACACACAUACACAGGUGUACACAUAGAUACCACACAUACCACACCACAGCGUAUCACACUCCCCACAUACACCAGAUAUAUGUACACACAUACAUACAUACAAUACACAUACCACAAUAUACAAACAUAGCAUGCAUACCAGAUAUAUCACAUACACUCAUACACACAUACAUACCGCAUACAUACACACACAUACCACACCACAUAUAUACCACACACAUACACACACACACCACACACAUACACACACAUACCACACCACAUACAUACCACACACACACAUAUAUAUACAUAUCACACCACAUACUCACAUACCACACCACAUACAUACCACACACACAUAUAUACACAUACCACACCACACACAUACAGACACAUAUAUACCACACCACAUACACACAUACCACACCACAUACAUACCACACACACAUAUAUACACAUACCACACCACACACAUACAGACACAUAUAUACCACACCACAUACACACAUACCACACCACAUACACACAUACCACACCACAUACAUACCACACACACACACACGACAUACCACAUACAUACCACAUACACACACAUACACACAUACCACAUAUAUACCACACAUACGCUACACAUGUACCACAUCCAUACCACACAUACACAUACACACAUACCACAUACAUACCACACACACACACACACACACACACACACACACACACACACACACACUAUGCUGAUGACUUGGAAACCAUUUAAGGUUGGGGUACACUUGAAGUGAGGUGGCAGAGGCAGAGUGAGAUCCCUUUGUGUCCAUUGACAAGCCGACUUGAUUGUGGGUUCAUUCACAUCUACCCUGCCCUAGAAUCCUGCUAAACGUGGCUCCUAGGCUUCUUCUGGACUGGUCACAUCUGUUUCUCUCCCACCAUGUUUUGAGCAGGGCAUAUGUACCCAUGUUAGCGUUCAGGAUCUCCCCUGGCCUGGGGCAGUUUCUGCUGGUGACCUGCUGCCCUGUGGUCAGGGGCAGUCCAUGUUGGAUAGCUGCCUCUGGCUUCCUCUCUUUCUCCAUCCAGACCCCUUGGGACCAGAGACACUCUUUCAGGUCAGCUCUGGCAUCGUCUCCUUCUCCCAUGCAUACAUCAUUGGUGGUCCUGGGGUGCCACUGUUAACCUCCCACCUUCCAGAAAGUUCAGGGACACUUGGGAAGACCACAAGUACCACACAUUGUCCUAAUCUCCUAAAGUGUGUGUGUGUGUGUGUGUGUGUGUGUGUGUGUGCGCGCGCGCGUGCCGCACAGGUGCGUGUACAUGCAUGUGUACAUGUGUGUUUGCAGGGGGAGUUGUAUGUAAUGCUAAGAGAUAUUUGAAAGCUAUGUCGGACAGAUGCUUUCUGUCCAGCUUCCGAGAUUCAGAGACCAGUUUCCUAGGAUUCCCCUAAAUCUUUUCUCAUGGUUACCAUAGGCACCUUCCAGCCGCUGAUACUCUCUCCCAGGUGUGACAUCGUCUCAGGACAGUCAGGCCCUCCACCAAUCUUGUAUAUUGGUGCAACACCUUCUUGUGGCUGAGCCUCCUCCUCUUCCUGUGGGACCAUUUCCAGCCUCAGCCCUGAAUGGCAGGCGGCUCUGGACUAUUUAGGUCCAUUUCCCAGGUGGGCAGAAUGAGGAUGUCUUGGUGAUGUUCGCAAGUCACAUGGUUGGUGAGUCACUUGGCUGCAGUGUUAGAUUUCUAGGCAGGAGGGUGGGGAGGGAGGUGAGGAUGGGGGAGGAGACAGGAUCUGGACGGAUGCUGCCCGGGAUCUGGAGGGAUGGAAGGGUGAGUGAUCCGAGUUCCUCUGCACCCAGAAAGCCCCACCCCAGUCACAUGCUUUUCCCUGCUGACAUCCUGACACCUUCCCAGUUGAGCAGGAUUGAAUCACUCCUGUUGCCUCCUUUCCAGGGUGCUCCUUUCCUAAGACUUGAUGCCAGGCCCGUUUUUUUUUUUUUUUUUUUUUUUCAGGUAGGCAGGUAGGUCCUUUUGGGGUCUGGCCCUCGUCUAAACAAGAGAAAUUGUUUGCGAAUUCCUCAGAGGCUAUGAAUAGCAUCUGACCUCCUCGCAGAGGUAGGCCAGUCUACAGCAGCGGUGGGGGCAAGAGGGAUGUCCAAUUACACAACAAUUACAACAAUUACAGCGGGCAUUAGCCACGCACCCACUUCCAAAGAGCUUCAAGGACGUUCGAGUUUAUUAGGUUAUCUGACCUCAUAAAAGUCCCACAAAUGGGCGGUGAUGGUUACGAUUAUACCAUUUUAUAGAUUCGAAAAUCAAGGCCUAGGAAAACGUAAGCGACUUGCUCAAAUCCUCCAGCAAGGAGUCAGGAAAUGGGUCUUAGUCUUCCCCCGGCUCUUGAAACCUGUAGGUGUUUUGAACGUGGGACUGACUCCCUCUCUCGGGUGUCUGCAUUCCUAUGAGCUAGGGUGUGUCCGGAGGAGGUGUCUGGCUGUAGACUCAGAGAAUGUUCGAGCACGAGGUCACUCAGAGACAGUGAGUCAGGUAUCUUUAUUUUGAGGUCAGUUUCCUCUUUCACUUCCCCAAACACUUGCUGGGGAGUGACCUCACUUGUUACCCAGUAUGCGUUCACCAGCUCCCUCCGCUGCUGCUGCCACCCUGAGAGGCUUUACACAGUGGCAGGUUUUAGGAAGAGCAUGCGCAGGAGGUCAGCAUUCCUGUCCUGGGAUUACGGCCUUCUGGCCCACUAAUCUCCUAACAAGGGUGUGGUCCCUGCUAGCUUACUGUUGAUAUGACCUCUUCCUGGUGCUCUGACCCAGUUCUUUCCCCCAAGGCUGACCUCCUGGGACCUCUCCUCUACUUAGCAGAAUCUCAGGAGCCUUGCUAAACAUUCAAGGCCUCACCUUCCAGGUCCUGAACUCUCCUGCCUCCCUUGGCUCCUCCCCUCCCCUUCCCUUGAAAUUCUGUCUUCAGACAGCCUGGAGGACUGGCCCAGGCUUGCCUCCUGUUUUCCCAACGCCACAGCCUACUGCUUUAGUAUCCCUAGACCAGAAGAGCCUCUCCCAUGCUCUCUGCCUGUCAGUUUCUGUCAGCCUUUUAAAGCUAUGGCAAACGUCCUUCAUGAAGCCCUGGAUCCUACCGCAGGGAAACACCCUUGCUCCUAUGACAGUGCAGAGCGUCUCGUACCCAGGCCUCUGUACACACAGCACCCUGUCAUGUAGCAGUGGUGUAUAACGCAUCAGGUAUCCCCAGAGCUAUAAAGAUCACAGAAUCUUGCAAUAUCGUUUAUUCUCGAUUGCGUGCAUGUGGGUCACGUCCUCGGUUGAAAGCGUCAGUCCUUCCCUUUGACGGGUACUUUCACGUCACCCUCAGAAAAGCGCCGAGAGAGGCGCGACUCGGAGCUUCCGUUUUGUGAGUGACAAUUGCUGAACACAGAGACUGAGAGGACGUCCCCCUGAGCAGGUUACCUGGCUGUUACUCACGGAGAAACCAGCCAAGGUGCCAGCUGUUCCCCAAGGAAUGCAUUAAAGUUUGGGUGGUCUUUCAAAGAGGACCUAAAGUCAUGGCAAAGGCUCCCCUCCCACCGUCAGGAAGCAAGGCUGAGAGAGCCGGGUCUCCUGUUUCAGCAGGGGCUUUGCCUCAGCCCUCAAGUGUGAAGCCAGUGUUAGCCAGCUGCGGACUCAGCCACACCUAGCCAGCCACCUCUGUAACAUGGAACUGAUACUGUGAGUGAGGAACAACCACUCUGUUCUGGAUCCCAUGUCUUCACUUAACAAAUGAGAGAUUUCCCGCCUCAGCUUCUCUUGGAAACAGGAGAAUCUGGUGACACCGCUUCUGAGGGGGCGAGAGGGCUGGCCAGAGUGGCUCUCCUCAUACUUGCUUAGGCCUUCGUGGGUUUCACUUAGACCUAGUUUUUCUGAGCCAGAAGAAGACAGGAGGAAGGGAAGGAAUAAUAAUAAUAAUAAUAAUAAUAAUGAUGAUGAUGAUGAUGAAGAAGAAGAAGAAGAAGAAGAAGAAGAAGAAGAAGAAGAAGAAGAAGAAGAAGAAGAAGAAGAAGAAUCAGCUCAAGAAGCAGGGGGCUGUAUUUAAAUACCUGAGUUCCCUCAGCUCUAGGAUAUGCAAGUGGGCAGAGAGAAGAAUGAAAAAUGGCUGCACAAUAAACUCUCUGUGCACCUAGCUGGCAUGGGUCAGCUCCUGGUCACACCUCUGUUUGGAACAGAUGGCCAGCUGCCUCUGGUCCUUCGGAAACUUACACAGAGCCGGAUCAGAGGCGGCCCCGAAGUCCUGACAAUUAUAGGAUUCUAACUCUGCCAUUGACGAGCUUCCUCCCCCUUCAGGCAUCCCAGUGCCACCAAGUCCGAGCUGGAAAGUCACCAGCCUUUCUGCGCUUGUUUUGUUGGACUCUCCCAGCAUGAUUCAGCUGAGAGACACUGACUAGAGAAGCUAGUCACUGGCAGCCUGGCCACUCUUGGUGUGCACCCAGGUGUGGUACAGGUCUACCCUACAUCAGUCCCUCUCUCCCACCCACAUCUCCUUGACACCCGAUGUCUUCCAGCCCUUCCUGUUCCACUUCUGUGGAAAGAGUGCUCGAUCUGAGCUUUCAGGGAGGCUGAAACAGCACAGAUACCCAGAGGUCCUUAUGUCUUGGUUUAGGAUGUGGCUUGGACAAACUCUGUGAUGAUUCUUUCUGGCAGCCAGGAUUGAGAAGCAUCAGGACAAGGGUGUAGAGAGGAAGCCUAUUGUGAGACAGCAGGGUUCAGUCUAUGUUGGCUAGAUUUGGAGAAGCGUGGGGCACACACAUCUUUUAGGAGUAGAGGAAGAAAAGGUGUGUAUGGGGGUGGAUAGAACACUGUCCCUGUUCCCACUUCUCCUGUGAGAGUCAGAGGCCAGUCCUGUUGGGCAUCCAGGUAACAGUAUGGGUGGACAGAUGUACCAGGACACAUUGAGGCUCCUAGAUUGUCCCAGAGCUCCAGCUGUCACUGUCAGGGGGACUUCACGUGUUGCAGUCACUGGACGUGCCAGCAUUGGGACCUGCUCUAGAGUGGCUGUGGGCAGCUUGGCACCCAAGAAUACACCAUACAACCUCAGCAAUGACUGUGUGUGGGGGGAGGGGGCUGCAGGGCACCUCCCAGUCACACAGGUCAAUAGGGGCCCCAAUCAUGAAACUGGUCGUAGUAGUGGCAGUGUGGUGAGGUCUGGCAGACAUUUGCCAACCUUCUCUGAAGCUGACUCCCAGCUGGCACAGCCCGGCCAAACACUUCCCCUCCCUCUGCACAUUCACCAGGCAAGCAGAGCCUUCGUACACGUCCCCUCCUGUGUGCCCUUGGUGUGAAUGUUUGUUUUGCUUCCUGUGUGAGCACCCCCCCACUUCUUUUUAAAUCACGUUGUCUCCUAAAUUAGAAAACUUUAAUUGUUAGCAAGAGCUGGGGUCUACUCCUUGCAUGGACAAUAUCACGAAACAUUGGAAAAUAAACAAACUGGAAAAGUUUAAGACAUUUUCAAACCCUUUGUAUCCCAGAGGGCGUCUGGGGCCUGGGGCAGGACAAGGUUCUGCUGGCCUGGGUUUAUGUUGUGUUGGUGACUUAACCCCUGCAGAUGUGAGAAGCCAAACCUUGACAGCAGGGUUGUUUUCACUAAACUUUCCAGGAUUGCAAACUUGAUUUGGGAGACAUUCGCACUGAUUUGCACUGAGGUCUCCAGUGGCUUCAGUCAGCUUCCUCUCCGGGCAGAGUGCAUGCUGGGAAUGGGCCAGUGGCUCUGGUGUUUGACAGCUGUUGUAAACCAUGCUGUCCUCCAGAGUUGUUCUAGAGGGCUGAGGGAGGAGAGGGAGCCGGGGAGGGGGUGGUGUGUGAGAACAUUUUCCCAUCUUACUGAAAUGUGAAUCUAACGGAAUGAUAGUAAGGUCAUGGCCUUUA